CAUCAAUGCAAAAAUGAGGACGUGAAGUGUGCGUUAGCCCCUUUACGCCUUCGACGCGACGCGCUGCGAGUUCUAAAGGCGCAGCGCUAAGUGCACGCGCUGCAGCCAAGACAGACAAAAAAGUAUGGCGCCCUGCCGCCACCGCGUCGCCGGCGUAGCAGACAUGCUCGGCACGCCGGACGUGCCCGCCUACCAGGAGGCCUGCCUCGCGGCGCGACUCACAAGAUUAAGGGUGCUGGGCUGGCCGCUCGCGCUGCGCUUGUGUACCACGGACGAUGGGAAUGAAGACGCGACGCUCGACGAGCUGCGGGUGUACAUGAAGGAGACGCAUCGAUUGAGGGAAGCGCACGGCCAGGGCAUCCCCUGGUGGAGUGCGGAGUACGGGCCGGAACGAGCGCCCGUCGUUGGUGCGAACGCGCCCGACGGGCCCCUCAAGUCGGCGGGCCUCUCGCGAUCAUCGACGCUUUUACAGGUAGUGCGCGAGGCCGCUUCAAAGGGCCCGCCCGCGUCUCGACGAAGCUGGUUCCCUACACCAAAGGCGCGCAAGGGAUUGGUCGGUGUCGUCUUCUACAGCGCGACGUGUCGCGUGUGGAACUGGGGCGGCGUCUGGACCUUUCCACAAUUGUUGAAUGACUACGGCGUGCCCAUUGUCUUUGUCUACGUCAGCGAGUACUCUGUUACCGAUUCGGACGCAUUAACAGAUUCAAGCUAUGUACCGGUCGUCGACCAGCCGAAAGAAGAAAACUGGAAGGCGGCGAACUGCUUGUUAUUUGGUGUGCCCAUGGUCGCGGCGGCGCUGGGCUGGCGGCCGGACCGCGUCGACCAGUAUGUUGAUGGAAUGGACCGCGCCCUAGAAAGCGCGUACGAGGCGGCGCCUUGGAGGGUGUAUGUGCUCGACGCGGCUUCAUCUACCAUCGCGUUCCGGACGGGGCCGGGCCCUCUGAAUGGGAUCGCCAAAGCCAGGGCUUUGAGCGACUUCCUCGCUGCGAACCGGGAGUUUUGA